AACGUUUCUAUCAAUAGGUAUGAUCCAAUAACGAGACCCAACAUUCACAACGCCACCAUCUAGGCCGACAAGCCCAAACGUUCGAAGAAGAAAGAGUUCUUCGCCUGCCAACUCACUCAGUUCAUAUCUGAGCAGCUGAACUCGCAAACUAGUAUCACUCAGAACGCUGUGAAAACCUAAUUUGGAAUUCAUGGUCUACAUUGAAUCUUGGGAUGAUUUCGUCGAAAAAUCCGUACAUCUUUUUCGUUCCGAUCCCGAGAAGACUCGUUAUUCCAUGAAGUACAGGCAUUGUGAAGGUAAAUUGGUGCUUAAAGUCACCGAUGAUAGAGAGUGUAUCAAAUUCAAGACCGACCAGGCUCAGGAUGCGAAGAAGAUGGAGAAGUUUAAUAACAUCUUCUUUACUUUGAUGGCUCGUGGACCUGAAGUCGAUGUAUCUGAAGUUGGUGGGAAAGAACAAACAGAAGCACAGCCCACCAAGAAAGGAAGGGGAAGGAAGCAAUAGUAUUUUUCUUCUUCUUCUUCUUCCCUUUUUUUUUUUUUUCUUU